GUCACACAAGGCAGAGAGAUUUAUAUUGGCAUUGUAGACAUGACAUCCAUUCUCUUGAUCUCAUCUCUUCUGUUGGUUCUAGAGCUCUGCUCAGAAAUAAAAGCAUACAAGCUGGAACGACAUAAGGGUGAGUGGUGCUACCAGAGCCAGUUUUCCUGUCAAGACACAUGUAGAGGGCCUUCAGAGUGGAAGAGUCAUUUUCCUAAUUGUGGAGGUCAGAGACAAUCGCCCAUCAAUAUCGUCACACGCAAAGUGAAGCAUGAGCCAAAACUGACCAGUUUCAUCUUUGAUGGCCAUGAGAAAGUUUUCCAUAUGAGUGUGGAAAACCAUGGACAUUCAGCUCAUUUCACCCUCCCUGAGUUUGUGCGUCUCCGUGGAGGGGGUCUGCUAGAUACUUACAAGGCGGUCCAGUUCCAUCUGCACUGGGGAGAGAACGGAGGCCAGGGAUCAGAGCACUCUGUGGACGGGGAGCAGUAUCCCAUGGAGCUCCAUAUUGUUCACAUUAAAGAAAAAUAUGCUAGCUUGGGAGAUGCUCUAAUUGACUCUGAAGGGGUGGCAGCACUUGCCUUCUUUUUCGAGGUACUCAUUCCUUUGUGAAAUUUCAUAUGUCUC